UUCAAGAUGGCGGACAGCUAACAACGGAUGAAAGAGGAAAUUUUUAUCGUUAAGUUUAAACUUGUUUGAAUUGUUAAAUGUCUUAAUUUUAUUAUUUUCUGGUUUGACUGUCGAUUUCAAAUGGGGUCCAGAAGCCAUGGCCGAUGGUUUCACCCAAAUAUCAGUGGUGUGGAAGCUGAGAGAUUAUUAAUGGAAAGAGGAUUUGACGGAAGUUUUCUCGCAAGACCAAGUAAAUCAAAUCCUGGAGAUUUUACUCUUUCUGUUAGGAGGAACGGAGAAGUCACACACAUAAAAAUUCAGAAUACAGGGGAUUUUUAUGAUUUAUAUGGAGGUGAAAAAUUUGCAACAUUAGCUGAAUUGGUGCAGCAUUAUAUGGAGAAACAAGCACAAUUAAGAGAGAAAAAUGGGGAAAUUAUUGAAUUAAAAUAUCCAUUGAUGUGUGCUGAUCCAACUACAGAAAGGUGGUUUCAUGGGCAUUUAUCUGGAAAAGAUGCUGAAAGAUUAGUAUUAGAAAAAGGGAAAAAUGGUAGUUUUUUAGUGAGAGAAAGUCUUAGUAAACCUGGAGACUUUGUCCUUUCAGUAAGAACAGAUGAUAAAGUUACUCAUGUAAUGAUUCGAUGUCAAGAUGGAAAAUAUGAUGUAGGUGGUGGAGAGAGAUUUGAUAGUCUUGCAGAUUUGGUAGAACAUUAUAAAAAGAAUCCAAUGGUGGAAACAACAGGAACUGUUGUACAUUUGAAACAACCAUUUAAUGCAACUCGAGUAACAGCUUCUACUAUUGAUAAAAGAGUAAGAGAAUUAUCUAAAGAUAAUGAACAUAGUAGUGGAAAAGCUGGAUUUUGGGAAGAAUUUGAGUAUCUGCAACAACAAGAGUGUAAGCAUUUAUACAGUAGAAAAGAAGGACAAAAACCAGAAAAUAGAGCAAAAAAUCGUUAUAAAAAUAUACUUCCAUAUAAUUCUCUCAGAAACAGUGAAUUAAUCAAGAAAGAAAAAAGCACUAUUAUUCCUUUCAAGUCACUAAAAAAAAAGAGCUUGCAGUUAGGAAGAGAAUAUACUAAUAUAAUGUAUACUUAUGAAGUUGCUGGCUUAGCAGAUUUAGUAAAAACCCCUCGAUCUGCUUCUUCUCUUAGCAUCACUUCUUCAGCUGCACAAUUACUUCAGAAUGCUGACAAUCAAAAACCUCCUCUUCCACCAAAAACUAUUAAUGAAUCACUAACUAGCAUUACAUCUCCCAAAGAUUCUCUAUGGGAAAAAUAUGAAAAUUUGUCAGAAUCAAGGACAAUAUAUCAUUAUCAUUUUACUGCUUGGCCCGAUCAUGGAGUUCCUUCUGAUCCUGGUUGUGUUUUAAAUUUUCUUCAUGAUGUUAACUGUCGACAAGAUUCAAUUCCUAAUGCUGGACCAAUUAUUGUACAUUGCAGUGCUGGUAUUGGAAGAACUGGAACUUUUAUUGUGAUAGAUAUGAUGGUUGAUAGGAUAAAAAAACAAGGAUUAGAUUGUGAAUUAGAUAUCCAAAGAACAAUACAAAUGGUGCGCUGUCAAAGGUCAGGAAUGGUUCAGACUGAAGCUCAGUAUAAAUUUGUGUAUUUAGCAGUACUACAUUAUAUUGACACUGUUUUACAAAUAAUGCAGGCAGAACAGAAGAGCUUGCAGUUAGGAAGAGAAUAUACUAAUAUAAUGUAUACUUAUGAAGUUGCUGGCUUAGCAGAUUUAGUAAAAACCCCUCGAUCUGCUUCUUCUCUUAGCAUCACUUCUUCAGCUGCACAAUUACUUCAGAAUGCUGACAAUCAAAAACCUCCUCUUCCACCAAAAACUAUUAAUGAAUCACUAACUAGCAUUACAUCUCCCAAAGAUUCUCUAUGGGAAAAAUAUGAAAAUUUGGUUGUGAACGAAAAAUCAUCCAAUAACCCAUCACAACUUUCACAUAAAUCAUGACAACCACUGAUAUGCAGGCUAGAACAUUUGUGCUCUGCUAAAUAGUUAUUAUACAACUAGCAAGACUGUCAUCUAAGAUGUAGAUGUUUAUUGCUUACAUAUUGUGGAAGCUUCUUAUAAAUCUACUAAUAAUGAUUGGACAGUCAGUUUGGUCAGUUCUGUACAGAAAAUAUACUUUUAUGCAUCUUGUAUACAUACAUAUAUAAAUACAUACAUACAUACAUACAUAAAUAUAUAUAUAUAUAAGAGCUCCAUUUGUUAGUUUUGGUUUUUAAUAAGUUUAGAAUCUAUUUUGUAAAUUGAGUAUAAUUUUUUAAAUACUGUAUUAUAACAAAAUAAAAUUUGUUUUAAAAAAUAGAUAUAAUUUAAAAACAUUUGUAAAUUGAGAGGGAUAAAUUAUGAGGAUGAAAGAGAAGGAUGAUCAUAUUUGAUUUCUUGUAUUUGCAAUUAUUUUUAACUGUUGUGAUUUUUUCUUUAAAUUGUUAAACUGUUUCUUGAUCUUGUUAAAAUAAUAUUGAAUUAAUAAACUGGUUAAUAAAUUAUUAAUUUGAAUGUAUUAAAAAAAACUAUUUUAACAAAAUUAUCUGGACCAUUUCUCAAUAACUAUCAAAUAAAAUUGUCCAGAAUAAAAAAUAUUGUGAUAAUUUUACUCAUAAAAAUAUAUUAAAAGAAACAAUGUUGUAUUUGUUUAUUCCUGCAUUUCAAAUUGGGAACAGUUUUUUUUUUAUGUAUGUAUUUAAUAUUUGAUUUUUGAUAAAUAUGAAAAAAAUGGACUAUAAUUUG